AUGCCAACAUUUGACCCUUCAGAAUUUUCUGAGGAGCAUCAUAUCGUGGUUUUCAACAAGUCCCGUCUAUUUGUCGUGAAUAGUAGCAUUUAUGCGUUGGCGAUUUGCAAAUUUCCAAAGUUUGACCGAAUUCAGUGUCCCACAAAGUGGCAAGAAUAUAAUGGAAAUUGUUAUUUUCGGGAGAAAAAUGUACACUCGCGUGAAUUUGCAAAAACAGUUUGUCAGCAGAAGGGAGCUCAUUUAGUAUCAAUAACUUCGCCUAAAGAAAGGGACUUUUUAUAUGAUUUGGCUCGGAAAUUACCGUUUCACACAGGUCUUACUACUCGGCAUACAGAAGUGCCGGUCUUCCUGACCACUUCUAGGAAUCUUUUUAACUAUGUGAACUCGGUGAAGGUUCUUGAUGAUGCUAAAGGAAAAACCUAUCCCAUACAGUACAAAAAAGAAUUUGCCAGAAUGACUACAAUAACACAUGAAAAUCAGUCUCAUCCACUUUGUGAAUACAGAGUCUACCAUUGUCGCCAUGAUUGGUAUCCAGUUGGAGAAUAUUGCUUUAAAACUGUCAGUAUUUCUAACUCAUUUUGGCUUAAAAAUUACAGAUCUAUAAUUGUCGUAAUUAAAGUGAGAACAGCUUUGUUUUAUGAUGAUGCCGUUAAAACUUGUAUAGCAAAUGGGGCGUUUUUAGCAUCAUUUCAAUCAAACACUGAAGAGGAUAUUGCUAAAGACUUGGUCCCAAGUCGGUAUUAUUGGAUUGGGGCCCAAAUGUACAACGGUAAAUGGGUAUGGCAAGAUGGGAGCGAGUGGCGUUACGGAAAAGUUAAACUGGAAGAUGAUUACCCACAUAAACUUCCUGUGGUAGCAGAUCGUAAGACGAAAUUUUGGAUUGGUAUUUCUCCUAACAGUCGUUUCCCAGCCUUAUGCAAAUAUCAUGGUGCGUAA